AUGAGCAGUCAAGCUUGCGAACCUUGUUCGAGACGGAAGGUUCGAUGCGACAAACAACAGCCAUGCUCGAAUUGUAAGCGAAGGAAGCAGGACCAGUGCAUCUACCCCGAGGCAACUCCCAUCGACCGCAUCAAAAAACUAGAAUCUAUUGUGAGAAGCCUCGGCGGAGACCCGGAUAGUCAAGAUGAUCGGCCAUCGAAACGGCCGAGGACAGGUCCUCCACCUACCGAAACACAAAAUGCCCAGGAUACUCGCGACACCACCGAAGUCGAACGUGGACAGCCCAUUAUGCUAGAGCAGAACGGAGAAAGCUACUACGUCGAGUUGCGUGCCUGGCACUCUCAUAUUGGCCAAGAAGACAACCAACAGAAUGGACACAACCACGAUGUGUUGAUGAGUAGACCUCUCAUAUCGAGGACCAAACCGGAUGCUUUGAAAGGUCUGUUGCGGUCUGACUAUGCCACAGAUCUCGUAGCACAGCACCCUACUACCCAGGACGCCAUCUUUCUUUGGGACAAAUUCGAGCGCAAUGCAAAUCCGUUAAUUAAAAUCGACUUUGACUGGGUUCUGAAACAAGUGCGAUCCACCUCGACAACACCCGAAGGCCGAAUGCAACUGAAAGACGAAGACCAUGCUUUUGUGUUCUGUGUCUACCUGAUGAGUGUAGUCAGUCUACCUGAAGAAGAAUGUACAAGAGUCUUGCGCCAGCCUAAGCAAGUGCUGCUAUCUCAUUAUCAGGCGAUCUGCGAGCAGGCGUUAUCGCGCAGCAACAUAUUCUGCAUCACGAACACUACCCUAAUCAGAGCAAUACUUCUAUAUAUAGCCGCUUCCAUGGAAAGAUUGAGUAUACAGAGCUUGUUCUCACUGAUGGGUCUCACAAUACGCAACGCCGAGAAACUAGGCAUCCACCGCGAUGGUGCUCUACUUGGGUUGGAUCCAGUCGAGACUGAAAGCCGCCGUCGAUUGUGGUGGCAUCUACAGCACUUCGAUCUUGCUUUGGGUGUUCGUUGUGGCACGACACCACUGACACUGAUGGCUGCAUGGGAUGCUCGAAUCCCACUCAAUAUCGAAGAUGACGACCUUCAACCUGAUAUGACCCAACCUCCAGCAGAGCGUAAAAGUCUGACGAGCUUAUCAUACUGCUUAUGGACAUACUGGAUUGUGUCACAACAGAGAGAAUUCUUCGCAGAGAACAAGGGCAAACUUGGAAUCUCCUGGGCAGCUAACAAGACUCUGUCUCACACCAGGAAGAACACGCUCCUACAGAUCAUGGAGGACGGCCUAAACAAGAAGUUCCUGCAAUACUGCGAUCCGAUAAAGCCGCUCGACAUCAUGAUACAACUCACAUCAAGAGCACUAAUAUGUACCAUGCGCAUGUUCACCUUACAUCCCAUGUCGUUUAGUGGCAGCGCAGACAUGUCCGAAGAAGAGCGACACUCCCAGCUGGUGGAAAUGGCCUUCAAGACUUUAGAAUAUAACAUUGCCUUGAACUCCAGACCUGAGAUACAACGUUUCCAUUGGUUCAUCAAUGGAUACUUCCAGUGGCAUGCAUUCAUCAGCGUAAUUGUCGAAGUCAUGCAACUCAAAGGCUCGCCCAAAGCUCAACGUAUCUGGGAUUUGCUCUCUGACCUAUACACACAUAACAAAAACCUCCUUGACCUUCCAGAGGAUCGCAGGAAGUUACAUGCAGCUGAGUUGAUAACCAACGCUUGGAAGGCUCGCCAGGCAGCUGAUCCCUCCGCUUAUACCCCGAUGUGUAUUUCUGUACUAGAACCUCUUCUCGCACAAAGGCAUGCGGUCGCGACAGACCCGCAGAUUCAGGUCGUCGGGCAGCCCCUGGAACCAGUCAUGACUGAUGAGGACCUCAAUGUGAUUCUCGGACUUGAGUUCCAAGAUAUAGAUUGGGGCUUCUGGGCUGGCAUGGAGUAG